AUGGCUCCAUCUAAACGUUUGAAAAAAUCGUCCUCGUCCGCCAGGUCGUCCUCACCCCCACUAAAUUCUCUGUCCAAAAACCAUACUGAACCGUCUCCUAUAAUAUCGAAUCAAGAUCAGGAUUCUCAGAACACAGCUAUCAGCAGUGGAAACAGCGCCAACACGAUUGACAGCACGGGAUUUGUGGAUCCUGCCAUCUUCGAUGAAGAGGUAACAACAGGGGAUAAAAGGAAACUCUCGCCCGGCCUGCCUGACUGGCCAUACGCAGGGGAUGGAGGAUACAAUGCGCUCAAGUCGUUCAAUGGCCAGGUCUAUUCUGGCAUGGCAGUUGGUGGGUCCCACACUUGGAACUAUGAUCAAGGCGUGUGGCAUGAGGUGAAGGAAGAACCUGAUAUGUGGAAAAUUGACUAUAAGACGAACAAGAGGAGGGCGAAGACGGCUCCUAAAGGGAGUGGCGCACCUCUAGGAACCGAGUACCACUGGCUGAUUGUCGCACACCAAUAUGUCAAGAAGAUAGACGCGAACACAUAUGAAACAAACCUCACCGGAUCUAAGUAUAAGCUCGCACAUAAGGCAGCCGCCUCCAAGUCGUGGUCAAUCAAUACGGUAAAGGGCCAGCGAGAGCGCGAGAUUGAACUCCUAGAAGACGCUAAACGGCGUGUCCAAGGGUUGCCGCCAGUCCUGGCCAGCGAGAAGGUAAAAGUCGACAACCACGAAAAGGGGCAGCAGAAACUCGAAGACUUUUUUGCGAAGCCGAGAGGGAAUAAAGGUGCAGAUGUUGCGGAAGGAAAAAAGAGGAAGAGGGAGGAGUAA